CUUUUUGGGGGUAAAGCUUUGCUUUCCUAAGGGAGCAGAACCGAUGGAUUGACUGGGUUGGUUCAGUGGAGCUUCAGGCCAAAAGAUGAAACCAAAAGAACUGUUAGUCAUGAAAACACAAUUGAAGGUUCAAGCUCUAUGUGUUUGUACCUGGUAUCUGAGUAAAAGUCUCAUCAUGAAGACCAAAAACUGCUCGUCCUGUCUCGGCUCCUGUUGUGUUUCUUGUAGUCCAAAGACUCCGAGUCCCAUCACGCACCACUGCAGACUUAAUCCCGGCCCAGUAAACAAAGUAGGACUGAACCACUGUGAUACUAGAAGGACAAAGAACCCCCCCAGUGAACGUUUGACAGAAAUGUGCACGUUUGGAUUCUGGACUCACUAGAAGCGAAUGUCUCCGACGGGUGCAUCAGGAGCCCUCCACACGAACGACAGGUUUCGUUUCAGCUGUUUGUCCGAGUGGGUGAGCGUAUCGCCCUCCGACAGACAGCGCAACGUGUGGGUCCCGGGCGGGGCCAGGGUCCAGGAUCCGCCCACCAGAACCGGACCUUCCGGAGGGGACCCUGUCCCACCUGCGACUCUAGCCGUGGCUUCUGAAUCUUCAACACGGCGGGCCUGCAGCAGGAAACCCAUGAAGUCCCGAGAGCUUCGAACUGUCACUGGGAACCGAGGAUUGUGUUUAAGCCUUUGGACCGUUGUUGCAUCUAAGAGAAUUUGUCAACAUUACCUGUUACCAACUGUCCAGGCAGAUACGAGUCCACCGACGUACGAAUUGUGACAUAGCUCUGCUGCAGGUCCUGAGGUUGGACCCGAAUGUGGCCCGGCCUCAUCGCCUGGCAGGAAGCGGGACCCGCGCCGCGAGAGAACGCAGCAGCAGGCAGGACAAAGCAUGACAAGAUCACGGUUGUCCCCAAAUGAAGCAGGGAGGACUGCAUCUUCGCACGACAUGAAAAGGAAGGUUGCUGUAGUCUACGAGUAUUUCUUUUUUUUUUUUUAAACCGAAAUCAAAUCUUUGGACUAUUCUUGGGACAACAUAGCUUUUGCAAAUACAAGAUCAAUCUAAAAAGAGAUGACAUUUGUACCUACCUUGCUAGGAUGUCUUCUCAGUGCUGAGCAAAUGUGUGAGAGCAAGUGUCUGAAGAUGAGCUGGAGGGAUUUUGGGCAGGGGACUUUGAAGUGUAGUGGUAGGGAGGUGGGUGGGCAUAGAGCCACAAUUACUAGAUCUGCUGCUGGUGCUUCUGAGCACUCCCUCUAGUGACGAUUUGAACAAGCAGGGUUGGCCAACACUCAAGAAAGGUCGAGUAAAGCACUGGAUAGAUUUUUGUCUUAAGUGUUGUCUAGAGGAUCUAUAGUUCUACAGGAUUAAGACCCCCGCCCCCCACCCCUCAUCCAACACACCAACAGGAUGUACACCAGCUGCAGCCGCCUCCCUACAGGAUCUCCGGAGCAUUUGAACAGAGGCAACCCCCUCCUCCUCCUCCCUCCAAGAUAACAAGUCCAAUCCAGUGCCACAUGCGGGGUUGUAGUGCACUGGUUCCCAACCUGAUUCUUUAAGAUAUCAUAAAAGUGUGCCGCGGGAAAUUAUGUAAGCCAGUCUGGUUCAGUUCUUACACUUCGGGGACUGGCUUAAAUCAGCCUCCAUCGUUUGGAGCUGAGAAACACACUACAGACACCAGACGGCAUGAAAGAUGUCACGUGGAAUAUCAGGUCGUCGGGUGGAGAUGUCAUAGGUGCGUCACCUAUGACCCUAGAUUCAAAUUCAACAUAUAUUUGAUCGAUGCAGUAAAAUAAAUUUAGGUGACUCUUCGUCGGUGCUGGUGGUUCUCUCACGUGGAUGACGCUGGUGGUUGAAUGUGUGUCACGUUACUGCUGUUUGUCUCCCUCUAGAGGCUCAGGAAGGGCAUUACAGCAGUUGACGUGCCUGCCCCACUACAUGCCAUUGUCAUGAAGUUGCAAAAGCAAGAAUAGAGUCCACCAAAUUUUGUGUGACUGCAUUGGUUUCACAAGUUAAGUACUAUGAUGCAGACUUAGUACAAGGCCAAACGAAAUUGUCUUCCAGGUGUCAAAAUGUGUCCCACUCUUGACACAUUUCAGUCGUCGUGCUCCCGGGGUGAUAAAAUUAUCACUUUAUUUGUGGUUUCAGUAGCAAAUUAAAAAAUGAACCCCCCCCCCCCCCCCCCCCCAUCUCGCCGGGCGCCAUUUUGAACAAAAAGGCCCGUUUCCAAUGAAAGCAAAUAACCAUUCUACCUGAGGUUGCCUGGGAAUAUCUCUCAUAUGAGGUUGGUUUGCACGUUUACUUAUUUCGCUCAAGUUGGAAAAAAAAAUACAAAAGCUUCUUGAUAACGUAACGAAUAUAAAGUUCAGAUGUUUUCAUAGGUUAAAAAAUAAUCUUGUGCGCUCUUAAAAGUGUUGACUGGUCAGUUCAAAUGGACAAAUGUUCACCUUGCGUGUGCCCGUGUUAGCUUGGCGCGUGGACGGACUCACUGCGUCCCUUUCGCGCGCGCGCGCGCAAGCUCACGCGUGUGAACGAGAGAGAGAGAGAGAAAGAGAGAGAGGGAGAAAGGAGGCGGAAACCUCCAUCUGCCCUGCUCAGUGACCGACCCGUCAUCCUCCUCUCGGCCUGGAAAAAGACAUCUCCGCGCGGCUUUCGCCUCACUCCUCCCCUCGCCCCCCUCCCUCCCUCCACUGGCACUGUCGGAAAGUGACGGAGCAAGCCCGGGGGUCGACGCAAGAGGGGGGCAAAAAAAAAAAAAAAGAGCGAAUUUACCGCCAGUGAAAUGUGCGGUCUAUAUAUAGGCUCUGCCCCGGACUGCACCAUCUCAACCACGGCCGCCACCUGCCCUCCCGGCACCGGUAAGUCUCCGAGGGUGAGCGGGGAAGGGGAGCCGGCGACAAGGCGUCGUCUGGUCGUCCCGGGGCGGGUUGUCGACGCCAAAUGACCCGAGUGGAUGACUUCAGAGGUCUCGUGAGGUCGAGUUCCGCUCAGCCAUGUUGCAGGGGCGUGAUGGAGAGAGAGGGAGGAGGGAGGGGGCGACUGGACUCUUGACACCUGCCCUGCUUCCCGGUACCAGCUGAAACGGAACAAUUUCGCCGCUUCGUUGGUACUGAAUUGGCGCACCGUCCUCCCACGCCGGGAAUUGACUUUGUGACUCGGUGUGUCAGCCAUGUUGCGACGGGAGAGGGGACGAGCGAGUGCUCCAGAACUCUGGCUUCGUCCGGAAGGUUCGGCCAGCGACCGUCCGACCGGUACCGAGCAGGGAGGAACGGGGUCACGGUCAUUUGCAGACUCCCGUGAGGCAUGAAUGAGUCGAGAGGCUGGAGCGAACCGGGUCUUGUGGUGUCAAGUGGACCGAUUUGCUGUUGGAUUAUUAUUUACAUAUUUAUAGUUUGCAACAAUUUGACUGAAUUACGGUUCCACUCUGAGAUUCUCCUCAUCAUUUUUACGUUUUUUAGCCACUUUGGAUGGCCAUGUGUGGACUAUUUUUUGAUAUUUAAAAAUUGAUUUAACAGUAAAAAUAAUGUUUUUGACCUGAUUCCAUUCGAUUGUCUAGGUUGCAAUUUUAUGUGAAUGUAAAUGAUUUGGUAAAUACGAUUAGCAUCCUUAACAAUUAUUGUGAACAUGGAGUAUGCCGCCUCAGGUUUUUGUGCAACACAUCUGAAAAUAGAAAUUUGCAGAAUAACUUACAAAAGUAAUCAACGUGGCAGUUGUGUACAAAUUAAUUAAAUACUGAAAAAUGAGGAGCUAUUGCGACGCGUCGAUUAAUCGAUAGAUUUUAACCCCCAUAAUCACAAUUGGUUUCUGCCAGUAAGGUCAUGGCUGAAGAUGCUGCAGCCUGUUACCAUGGCGAUGUGAUUAUGACAUUAUCGGGCCUUAUCCAUUCAAUCAUUGCCUAAUUAGAGAUUCACUUUGAUCGUGUUUUAUUUCUUGUCAUGCUCGUCAUCCACCUUCCGUCUUGUCUCUCGUUUUGCCUUCAUCCUUCGCUCACAGGUCAGAAUCUGUCAGAGGAGUAGAUUCGCAUCAUGCUCUCCUCUCUUCCGAGUGGCCAAGAACCUUCACGUCUUAUUUUAGCAUCCCUCCUCUCGUAUCGCUCGCCUCUCUUCUGAGUGUGACUCUCUUACUCGUCGCUGGAAAAUGAAGCGUGGGCCGAGCGUGUUACAGCCCGCUCCUCCUUCGGACACGGCCGGUCGACACACGCGGGCGGCUCACGCGGAGUCGCGCGAGGCGGGUUCGAGCCCCUUCCUGGCAGCCACCUCUCUCUUCAGCCCUGAUGUCAGCACCAAGAUGGCGUCUGACCUUCUCAUUAGGAUGUCAGAGGCCACUCAGAAGGCUCAGGUCCUCCCUGGGGGUCGAGCCGAGGGACGAGGGGGACAGCAGGAGGAGCCGGGCCUGGCUCUGUCCCCCGAUGGUCCCGGGGCCAGUCCCGACCCACCCUCGCUCACGCACACACCUGAGGGGGACGCCGCCACUGACACGCUGGCUUCAGACUUGCUCAGGAAACUGGCAGAGAGUCAACUCCUGACCCGGCCCGACGUGAAAGUGAAGGAGGAAGAGGACUCCAUGGAAAUCGAAACGCCGAGGAUGUCAAGCGUCAUCCGUGAAGGAGACCUCCGAGGCGAUGGAGCUCACCGUCUUCUGGCCGUCAAAACCGAACACGGCGGGGUGGCGGAGACGGAAGGUCCACAUCUGGACGGCGAUGUUCCGAACGUUCCGCUUGCUGUCAAACAGGAGGGGGAGGAGAUCUCCGCUGACACCCUGGCGGAGCGGAUUCUCCUCAGAGGGAAAACGGAAGAGGAGACCCGACCCGGGUUGUUUUCAGGGGUCGCGGUGGAGGAACAGCAGUUCUUUGGAGAACAGUUGUGUUCCGGAGCCAAAAUGGCGGAGCAGUGUCUGCGGGCGGCGCUAUGGCAGGACAUGUCCGUCAACCUGGCGUCCACGUUACUGCAACAGCUCUCAGAGCGGGUCGCUAAGUCCGGCAGUGUGCUUACGCUGAGGUCCAGCCCCCCUGCCAGGAGCAAGUGCGUGUCCCGCUACUCUCUUUUUCUUCUUUAACUUCUCCUAAGC